AUGGCUCAGUACGGUGACGAAUCUUAUGGGAUCCCGCUCUACUCUAGUCGCUCACCCGGUUCCAUGCGCGGUGGUCACUUAAUAUAUCGUCAGCCCUCACAUUCGACUUUAUCUCAAUCGCUCCACUUCGAAAAUUUUCGCAACAGUAUUUCUAUGCAACCACCAGGAUUAUAUAACGAUGAACAAACAACUGGUACUGCACGGUACGAUCCCACUUCAAGAUUUGAUCGCAUGACCGCCGUCACUUUACACUCUGGAUACCCUUUUGAUAAUCAGACCUGGAGUUAUGGUGCCCCUAACAAUAAUUGUCUCAUGGCUGGAACUGGUCGACCAAAAGCAACAAACCGCCGUCCCUGCCUUCCAAACGGCUGGAUGGAACAACCAGCUACAAAUACAGGCAUAAACAACUAUCACCCUCAACCUCAGUUUUCUCAACCAUCAUUUCACCAAAUUCAGCGUCGUUCUUCACCAAAUAGCGCCUCAGACUCUGAAGAACUAAUUCCUACAGCUUUGGUCAUCAAAAAUAUACCAUUUGCCGUGAAAAAGGAGCAAAUACUGCAACUCAUGACUGACAUGACUUUACCCCUACCCUAUGCAUUCAACUACCACUUUGAUCAGGGGGUUUUUAGGGGUUUAGCAUUUGCGAAUUUCUCAAGUCCAGAAGAAACAAAGAUAGUCAUAGAGCAUAUGAACUCAAUGGACUUGAAUGGACGAAAACUUAGAGUUGAAUACAAGAAGAUGCUUCCAAUACAAGAAAGAGAGCGCAUAGAGAGAGACAAGAGAGAAAAGCGAGGGCAAUUGGAGGAACAACACCGCCCUAUACCCCCAGGACAAGUACAUAAUCCGCUUCAUAACCAGGCCUCUAUCAACUCCUUAGGAUCAGGACAAACAGUCUCACCUUCCCCUGUUUCCAUGCGUGAUAAGUUUGGACAAGAUAUUGACUUAAACGACCCAGUCAGCCUCGGUUAUUACACUGAAAUAGUCGUUUUCAAAAAAGAUCCUAGUAGAGAUAGCCUAAUAUUUCCUGCCUCUAUCAGUCCCGCUGACCGAAGACAAAUACAUACUAUGGCACAUCAUUUGGGUCUAGAGCACAGGUCACAAGGAGAGGGAGAUGGUAGAUGCGUUCAAAUUCUUAAAAAACGCCCCGCCGAAAUAUGUCCCCCAAUCCCCCAUUUGCCUGGAGGUUUCUACAAUGAAUCUCGGCGAGGACUUAAUCGUGCCGCAACAAUAGAUUUCUCAGAAGCCUUAGGAAACGAAGGGUACCAACGAACUGUUGGUCGUCAAGCGUCAGGUCUCCUAGAUACCCCUUUAUCACCAGGACUAGCUGGGCUUAACGGAUCACACAAUCUCAGAGCAGCCAAAUCAUUUGCUGAUUUGCGUUCUUACACACCCUCGCCUGCACCCUCUACAGCCAGCUUUCCUGUUGGUCUUCAGCAAAAUAUUAUUCGUUACACUGAUUAUGGUCACUCUCCAGCGGCAUCUGGAACCCCAAGUCUAACGCCAACCUCUGCAGGAGCAACAACACACCGAGAUGAACUUUAUCUCAACAAUAAUAUGAGCAAUUUGUCGUUGUUCGAUAAUCGUCUCACCGGAAAUCGAACAAAUGGUGUUGGAAGGAUAGGAACCGAAAGAGAUCCUCAAGUAGCAAGCACCGGACCUAUUGGUAGUCAAAGACCAACCAGUGGCUGCAAAAUAGAGGAGAUCCCUCGUACUAGUGCAACUGCUAGCCUUUCUCAACGCGAACCGCGGAACCCCGGGCCUGACUGGGGAGCUGGUAAUGGCUCGUUCACACGACCUCGUCAAAAUGGACCGCUCAAUUUAGGAAACGUCGAAAUUGAGACUAAUGUAAGCGAUAAUGUGUGGGACGAUAAUCGUGCUCAGGAAACGUCCGAUCGCGGUACCAACCUCAAUAAUCGAAAUACACGAUAUCAAUUGUAG